UCAGCUGUCAGCUCACCUGGCACCAUGUCAAUUCUGGCCAGUGGGAUGGUCGGGGAAACUCCCGAAAACUUGGCUUAUUACUUGGCGACCUAGUCUAUCCGCGAAUCCCCAGCACAACCUACCCCGGAUAAAGCCUAUAUCUACCUACAUGCACGGCUUUAACCAUUAUACGAGAUACUACCGCGUGUUCCUCGUAUCCAAAAGCAUUGCGAGGCACCAUUAGAAUGGGAAAUUCGCUGCCAAUAAAUCACCCCAGAGUUCCCACGAUUAAUAAAAGUUGUAGGUGUUUCUUUUCCGAGCCAAUUUACAAUCAGAGCACACCAUCUUCGCCUAAAUACCGCGCUAUUUCUAGUUUGUCUGCCCCAUUCCUGAGCAAUGAAGUGUUAGCUCGGAGAACCAGGGUGGUUUUCUAUCCUUUUGUUGGCAGCCGCUCGAUAGUUGAUCACGGCGGGUUGGCAUAGUGCAGUUCGUUGACUUCAAGACCCUAUUUGUUAGGCGCCUAUGCCUAUGUACGGGGUAUAGAGAUCAAGGAAGGACACCACGUUACAACCCGCUCUGAAGACGCAACUCACGUUAUCAGAGACGGCCAGUCCUGCAUAACCACCGCCGAUCUUCACGCCAGCCGGAUCGAUAUCCGGUCCAAGCUACUGUGCCACGAGCUUCGCUCGGCAACUUCUCCGUACCAUGGGCGAUUGAAGCUCAAACGAUGCCUCAUAGUGGAAAUAAAAUCCGGGGAUAACGACGUCGCCGAUUGCCAUUCAUAUCGCCUAAUAAGGCGCAAUUGGUCGUCUACAAAAGGGAGGUGAUUCCCUCGUUCAGAUAGUUCUCAACAACCUCGGAAUUCGCGACAGUUAUUUGCCCAGUAUGAAGUCUUCUCUUCUUCUUUUGGCACUUGUCCGCUUAUGCUCUGGAGCUUCCUACUUCUUCGAUGGAGCUGCAAACAAUGCGGGCGAAGGAUCUGAAUCCCAGCCAUAUAAUAACCUGGCUGUUAUCUCGUCUUUGAAACUUCAGCCAGGAGACAAAAUUCUCUUAAAGCGCGGGUCGUCGAUUGUAGGGCCUUUGGUUUUGACUUCCAGCGGCUCUACAAGCGCCCCUAUCAACAUUGGUGCCUAUGGCAACGCUGAACAGCCAAAACCGGUAGUUGUUGGUGGCGGACUGAGUACUGUUCUUAUUCAGGGGGCCUCGCACGUUGUUGUGGAGGACUUGGAGGUCACCAAUCCAGGAGACAACAAAUCGGCCUUGCGUGGUGUCUAUAUUUACGGAUACGAUUCUGGAAAUGUAAAGGAUGUGACGGUUCAGAACCUGUACAUUCAUGACGUGAGAGGGUACAUGCCUUCGACGACUACAGGCGGCGCCCCCGUCGGAAAGUACGCAAAUGCUUCAGGGGCUAUUGUCGUCGAGGCUGGCGGAUCAACUACCCCGACAUAUUUUACUGGCAUUAACAUCCAGGAUAAUGAGAUCCGCUCUGUGGACCGUCAAGGGAUCUACACGUGGUCAAACUGGUGUCAGAGGCCUGAGUUGGCCGCCUUCUGGUUUACUUUGUGCACUGCGCCUUGGUAUGCUUCAAGUGGCUUACUUGUACAGCGUAACAGGCUCUAUGAUGUCGGAGGUGACGGCAUUGUUGUUAAAGGACACGAGGGAGCCAUUGUUAAAGAUAAUCUCGUUGUGGGGUUCAACAAGAGAUCCAAGUCUCCCAAUGCUGGAGUUUGGACUGCGAAUAGUAUUAACAGCUUGUUUCAGUACAAUACUGUCUCGGGCGGGACGACGACAUCUGAUGGAAUGUCAUACGACGUCGACCACUCCACCUCAGGGACGGUGUUCGAGUACAACGUUUCGCAUGAUAAUGAAGGUGGAUUCUUCCUUCUUUGCCCAUAUGACAAGCCAACUACCAAUUUUACCAUCCGAUAUAACCUGUCGGUAAAUGAUAAGACAAGAAUCUUCCAGAUUUGUGACGGAGCUCUCACGGGGGGCAAAAUUUACAAAAAUACUAUCCAAAUUGGUUCUGGGAUUUCUCCCGUCAUUGUCACGGAAGAUACAUCUGCUUCUCUAGAUGUCUUAUUCGCCGAUAAUAUUAUUCGGAAGGAGGGGUCUGGAAGAGCUACCUGGAAACUACAAGAUGAAUACUUUUCGGUGGUGAAGAACUCAUUUUAUGGACCAAUCGACACAUAUUUCAACGCGACCGGUUCCGUCACUGAGGCGCCCGGCCUUGCAGCACCUGGUCUCCGAGACCCUAAGGCAUACUACCUCUUAAAUGGAUAUCCUACGUUAGACGUGGCUGUUGAUAUUGUUGGCGAUGCAUCCGUGGAUUUCUUCAACAACCCAACAACUGGCCACAAGAACCUCGGGUUCUAUUCUGGCACAGGCACGAACAUACCUAUUUGGAUCAGCAAAUUUGACGAUUCCGAUAUUUCCGCUUGGAAGUCGUCAUCGGGGAGUGCAACUAUUGUGCCUGACCCUGCUGGUGACCUCGGAAACUCGGUUCAAUUGGCACCUUCCACGGUUUUCUCGCGGCCCAUAGGCGCCUCUCUGCCAUUUAGAUUCAACGCGCGGAUCUGGAUUGAUGCUGUGAGCACAUCUAAACCAGUUAGUGUUCGCGUUGGGAGUACUUCAAAGGCCAUCGAUGUUGUCCUGGGGAAUCCAGAGACUUACCGAACUGGAGAAUGGCAAAUUCUGGAGGUUUUGUUAACUUCCAGCGGCCAAUCUGCCACCUUGGGUGGAACUGCUCUUACUGCUGUUCCCGUAGCUGAUAAUGCUGGGCUCGUUAUCUUCACAGCUGGUGGAAGCAAAGUACAUAUCGACGAUAUAUUUACUGUUAGUCUGUAGGAGAGGUAAAUAUCUC